CCCCGAGUGUCCGACUUUGAUUGUAUGUAAAAUAUUAGGUAUAGAUUAGGUAUAGAUACUCGAUAGUUUUAAAGAUAUAAACAAUUAAACUUUCAUACCUCUUCGAUACACUAUGGUUGCGACGAAAUUCCUGAAAGCUCUAUUGGCGGGGUAAGGUGUAAAUCUCCCUAGCUGCGAGAUUCGUACGCAUACAAGUUCGAGAAUCUCGAACCCUACGAUGAGACGUGUUUUUCAAAUAGAGAUCCACGUGGUACUGUCAUCUCACGAAAAAUUAUCGAAAUCAAAGUUGGACACUUGGUGGGGUCUUUUCCUUUAGUAUUUCAUUUCUUUUCACGUUUCAUGGAAAUUCACAAUAAAAACAAGACUUGUGAUAGUUAUGGCAGCUUACAGGAUAACGCUUGAAUUCCACGUGAUACAAACUCGAGGUGCAACAUAUGAAACUGAUACCUAACAUAAUACUAUCUCAAAUAAAGCAAAGGACAGUGUGUAUUUCUAAUAAAAGAAUUACCAUCAUGGAAAAUGAAGAAAUAUGUCAAUACUUCAAUAGCAUCAUUAAGAAUGAGAAAGACGUUUCUGCUGGAAUGGCUGCUAUACGCACAUUACUGAAAGUUUUGGAAUAUUCAAAGUCAGAGACAGUUCAAGAACUUAGGUAUUGCUUGCAAAAUGCUAUAGAUGCAAUGAGAUCCACGGAUAAUCCUGUUACUGCCAUUGCAUCUGGUAGUGAAUUGUUUCUUCGUUUUAUAACCUUGGCAACAUUAGAUACACCGUCAUUUGCAGAAUGCAAGGGUAUCAUGCUUCACAGGGGAAAGAUGUUUUAUGAAAAAUUAGUAGCAGCUAGAGGAAAAGUGGCAAAAGUAGCAGCACAUUUUAUUACAGAUGGUUCUAAAAUAUUGACACAUUCAAAAUCUAGAGUUGUAUUACAAGCAAUGAAAGAAGCUGCUGCCAGUAAUAAAAUAUUUGAAGUAUACGUAACAUGUUCGUCUCCGGACAAUAGCGGCCAGGAAAUGUGUCGCAACUUGACCAAAUUAGGUGUAUCGUGUACACUUAUAUUAGAUUCUGCAAUGGGAUACGUUAUGGAACAAGUCGAUAUGGUUAUGGUAGGAGCAGAAGGUGUAGCAGAGAGUGGUGGUGUUAUUAAUAAGGUUGGCACAUAUACAAUGGCAAUGUGUGCCAAAGAAGUGAAAAAACCUUUUUACGUACUUACAGAAAGCUUUAAAUUUUCAAGAAUUUACCCAUUAAAUCAAGUUGACCUGCCAGAUGAGUUUAAGUAUACAGCAAGCACAUUAAAGAAAAAUUUACAGAAGGAACAUCCGUUAGUCGAUUACACUCCGCCCCAUUAUAUCAAUUUAUUGUUCACUGAUUUAGGUAUUUUAACCCCGUCCGCCGUUAGCGAUGAACUCAUAAAAUUAUAUUUGUGAAGUACA